UCAGCUGCCUGCUGGCAAGACUGCGGAGGGAAAGAGUAGGAAGGAAGAGCGGGUUCUAAGUUGAAGUCCGUCCUCAGACACUAAGUCGGUGAAAAAUAGUCAUCAGGAGAGAAGAACGCCAUGGCCACCAUGACAGAGCUGAGUCCCAAAGAAGAGAAGAGUAAAUACUCCCAAGAUACACAAGUGGAUGAGAAACUCAGUCCCAGGAAAGUUCCAACCUUAUGUUCCACUCGCUAUGGAAUAGCCUUCAUCGUACACCUCUGCAAUUUCGUUAUAGCGGCACAAGGUAUUAUCAUGAACAUCACCAUGGUAGCCAUGGUCAACAGCACAAGCCAUCAGUCCCAGUUUAAUGGCUCCACUGAGGGGCUGCUUUUUGAUUCAUCUGGUGAUCCCCAAAAUUCCCCAAAGAGUCCUCCUGCAUGGGCCCCUGUGUACAACUGGAGCCCUCACAUUCAGGGCAUCAUCUUUAGUGCCAUCAGUUACGGCAUGAUCCUGACCGUGGCUCCCAGUGGAUACCUGGCCGGAAGAGUAGGAACAAAGCGAGUGGUUGGUGUUUCCUUGCUUGGAUCCUCACUUCUGAUUCUCUUCACGCCUCUGGCAACUGAUCUUGGACUCACUUUCCUCAUUGCAACUCGAAUACUUCAGGGCCUGAGCCAGGGAUCAGGAUUGGGGGGUCAGUUUGCACUCUGGGAAAGUUGGAGUCCACCACAUGAACGAAGCCGACUCUGCAGCAUUGCUUUAUCAGGAAUUCUGCUGGGAAGUUUCAUUGCCAUCCUCCUGGGCGGCCUCAUCAGUCAAACCCUCGGGUGGCCUUUUGUCUUCUAUGUCUUUGGAGGUGUUGGCUGUGUCUUCUGCCUUCUCUGGUUUGUUUUGGUUUAUGAUGACCCUGUCACUCAUCCAUGGAUAAACACUACAGAAAAAGAAUACAUCAUGUCCUCCUUGGCCCAACAGGUCAGCUCUUCGAGGCAGCCUCUUCCCAUCAAAGCUGUGGUCAGAUCUCUACCCCUCUGGUCCAUGGGGUUUUGCUGUUUCAGCCAUCAAUGGUUAAUUAACAUAAUGGUUAUAUAUACACCAACUUACAUCAGCUCUGUGUUCAAUAUUAGUAUCAGAGAUAGUGGGUUCCUGUCUGCCCUUCCUUUUAUCAUCGCCUGGGUUGUUGGUAUCCUUGGAGGCCAACUGGCAGAUUUCCUUCUGACCAAGAAUUUCAGGCUUGUAACAGUGAGGAAAAUUGCCACAGUUCUAGGAACUCUCCCCUCUUCAGCAGCCCUUGUGAUUCUGCCCUACGUCACCUCCAGUUACAUCAUCACAGUGGGCCUUCUGACGCUCGCCUGUGGACUAAGCCCACUAUGUCAGUCCGGGAUCUACAUCAACACCUUAGAUCUUGCUCCAAGGCAUUCCAGUUUUCUCAUGGGAGUCUCGAGGGGAUUUGCACAGAUAGCCGCUAUCCUGGCACCCACUGUUAGUGGAUUUCUCCUCAGUCAGGACCCUGAAUUAGGGUGGAGAAAUACCUUCUCUUUGUCAUUUGCCAUUAAUGCUUUAGGACUGAUCUUCUACCUUAUAUUUGGAGAAGCAGAUGUCCAAGAUUGGGCUAAAGAAAGGAAACUCACUCGUUUAUGAAGUUAUUCCACCUUGGAUGGAAAAUCAUUAGGCACCUUAUUUCAUGGAUAAGAAGGCUUCAGUGAUGAAAAUACCAACAGAAAAAAUUUUCUUUGCUGUAACUCUUUUCAAAUCUGAGAUCAGUUCUUUAUUUACUCAAAUUUCUUUCUGAGGAAAAUACAAGAUGAAUGGAAAUUCAAAUAAAAUGGUAGCCAAGAAUGAAGUUGUCAUCUUCAGUAGAAUUAACAAUGGAUUCAGAGGAGCUGCUGUAUAGGACCUAAUAGGCUAGAUUCACAGUUUCUGAAUCUUGAAACAGGAAACAAUGUUUUGAAAUUCUUAAUCAAGGAUCGUAAUCUCACUAGAGCAAUGAUUCCUCCUAUUUGCAAAAAUGAAUAUUAGUUUAUAUUUGCUGGGCUGGAUGUUGUCCAUGUGUUCCUCCCUUUGUGUGCUCCACUCUCCUCUGUCCUGCCCAGGCCCCUGGAAGCUGACCUACGUGGUUUGCAUCUCACCUUUUCCUGUCCACUGGUUUCUGCUGGGUUUUCAGUGGAGGUGGGAUAAUGAGGAUAAGGAGUGUUUAUCUCUAAGGAUCCUCCCUGUGGGGAAUGCUGGUGGCUGAUCCUCCCACUACAUUUCACAGGUCCUAAGAGACAGCCCUCUCUCUCCACACAUUCUGGUAACUUCUCUCUUCCCUUAUUUCAGACCUUUUUUUGGCUUUUAUAUUGCAAGCUCUGGGAUUCUCCAAAAUAUCUUGUGGUUUCCUUACCACCAUCCCAAUCCUGUAUAAAUUGCCUCACUUAACACUGUC